GGUGUCCGCUUCCUGCGCUCACCGAGCGGCGGUUCCGGGAGGCGAUAAGACAGAACGGGGCGGCGGAGGAGGAGGAGGAAGAGGAGGAGGCGGCGGCGGUGGCGGUUGUGGGGGGGGGAAAGCCCCACCGCUACCGGGAUGGGGCGUCCAUGACAGGUCGCCUCCGCUCUCCCUACGGGCCGUAGCCGUUUCCCCGCUCCGGCGGCAGAGAAGGGGGGGUUAGAAGAGCCCCCCCCCCAACACACACACCCCCACACACACCCCCCCACCCCUCCCCGGCACCACCAUGACCGACGUGGCGGUGGUGAAGGAAGGCUGGCUGCACAAGAGAGGGGAAUACAUCAAAACGUGGCGGCCCCGUUAUUUCCUGCUGAAAAGCGACGGCUCCUUCAUCGGCUACAAGGAACGGCCGGAGACGGCCGACCAGAGCUUGCCCCCUCUCAAUAACUUCUCGGUGGCAGAGUGCCAGCUGAUGAAGACGGAGCGGCCCCGGCCCAACACCUUCGUCAUCCGCUGCUUGCAAUGGACGACGGUCAUCGAGAGGACCUUCCACGUGGACUCUCCCGAAGAGCGCGAGGAGUGGAUGCGAGCCAUCCAAACGGUAGCCAACAGCCUGAAGAACCAGGAGCCGGAGGCGGAUACGAUGGAUUACAAAUGCGGAUCUCCUAACGACGGCACCGGCGCCGAGGAGAUGGAGGUGGCCGUCAGCAAAACCCGCGCCAAGGCCACCAUGAACGAUUUCGAUUACCUGAAACUCCUGGGAAAAGGCACUUUCGGCAAAGUCAUCUUGGUGCGGGAAAAAGCCACCGGCCGUUACUACGCCAUGAAAAUCCUCCGGAAAGAGGUCAUCAUUGCCAAAGACGAGGUGGCGCACACGGUGACGGAGAGCCGGGUGCUGCAGAACACCAGGCACCCCUUCCUCACCGCAUUGAAAUACGCCUUCCAGACAAACGACCGCCUCUGCUUCGUCAUGGAGUACGCCAACGGCGGAGAGCUCUUUUUCCACCUCUCGAGAGAACGCGUCUUCACGGAAGACCGAGCCCGUUUUUACGGGGCGGAAAUAGUCUCAGCGCUGGAAUACCUGCAUUCCCGGGACGUGGUGUACAGGGACAUCAAGCUGGAAAACCUCAUGCUGGACAAAGACGGCCACAUCAAAAUCACCGACUUCGGGCUCUGCAAGGAAGGCAUCUCCGAUGGAGCCACCAUGAAGACCUUCUGCGGCACUCCCGAGUACCUGGCUCCGGAGGUCCUGGAGGACAACGAUUACGGCCGGGCCGUGGACUGGUGGGGCCUGGGGGUCGUCAUGUACGAGAUGAUGUGCGGCCGCCUCCCCUUCUACAACCAGGACCACGAACGCCUCUUCGAGCUCAUCCUCAUGGAGGAGAUCCGCUUCCCGCGCACCCUCAGCCCCGAGGCCAAAUCCCUGCUGGCCGGGCUGCUCAAGAAGGAUCCCAAACAACGGCUGGGCGGAGGUCCCAACGACGCCAAGGAGGUGAUGGAGCAUCGCUUCUUCGCCCCCAUCAACUGGCAGGACGUGGUGCAGAAGAAGCUCGUCCCGCCCUUCAAACCCCAAGUCACCUCCGAGAUCGACACGCGCUAUUUCGACGACGAAUUCACCGCCCAGUCCAUCACCAUCACCCCCCCGGAUCGCUACGACAACAUGGGCUCCCUGGAAAACGACCAGCGGACGCACUUCCCGCAGUUCUCCUACUCCGCCAGCAUCCGGGAAUAACUGGGAUUCGGCCUCCGAGGAAGAGGAGGAGGAGGAGGAAGAAGAGAAGGAGGAGGAAGAGGAGGAAGGAGGAGGAUUUGGGGGUUCACUCACCGCAGGGAGAUUCCCUUUUCCGGCGGAAAGGGCCGGGG